AAAAAAAGGGAUAAAGAAACCCUAGAGAUCGAUCCCGAUGGGAGAGAGGCCGCCGGCGACCGACGAGGCGGCGGAGCGAGGGCUGAUGGAGGAGGCGACGAGGCUAGGGGAGCUCGCGUGGGAGCGUCGCUGAUCUCGAGAACGUGGAACGAGGAGCAGGGACUUCGGCAGCGGGCGCUUGCCCUAGAGUCCGAUCUCAAGAAGCUGAAGACCGCCGCCAAUUCCGCUAUCAGCAGGGGCGAAAUCGAUCGGAGGAACGCUGAGAAGCUAGACGAAGAAUUAGACCGUGCAAAAUGCCUUAUUUCAGAGGGGGAUGUGUCAUCUCUUCUUCCAAACAAAGAUCAUGGAAAGUUCUUGAAGAUGUUCCUUGGACCAGUGAAUGUUCGGGCUACAAGGAAAGAGGUUCGUCUUAAAGUGAAAGAGGAGUACAACAAUUACAGGGAUCGAACGGCCUUUCUGUUUCUUUUCUUUCCCUCCACCAUGCUACUUUUAAGGUCUUGGAUCUGGAAUGGAUGCUUCCCAGCAUUGGUAGUUCAGCUCUACCAGGCAUGGCUAUUAUUUCUCUAUACAAGUUUAGCUUUGCGAGAGAACAUACUCAGAGUAAAUGGAAGUGAUAUUCGCCCUUGGUGGAUAUUCCAUCAUUAUUGUGCUAUGUUGAUGGCUCUUGUGAGUCUCACAUGGGAGAUAAAAGGGCAACCUGAUUGUGCCAACAAGCAGAAAGGGGUUGAACUGUUUCUUGUAUGGGCGGUAAUGCAAGGUUUUGCAAUGCUUCUACAAAAUAGAUACCAGCGCCAACGGUUGUAUACUCGCAUUGCUUUAGGCAAGGCUAGGAGAAUGGAUGUUGUGUGGGGAGAAACUGCUGGUGUAGAAGGCCAACUAUGGCUUCUGUGCCCCAUCCUUUUUACUUUACAGGGUUUUGAGGCGUACGUUGGGAUAUUGCUUCUUAAAACUGCUUUUGUUGGCGUUGCUUCCGAGUGGCAGGUCAUAUUUUGUGGCAUCUUGCUGGUAAUUAUGGCAGUAGGCAACUUUGCAAACACGGUGCAGACGCUCAUGGCAAAGUCAAGGUUCAAAGCUAAAAUGAGACGGACAAAGAGCAAGCAAGAUUUGGACCAUUCUCUGUCUCCACCCUCUGGGAGAUGAAGGAGGCUGCUAUUGUGAAACUCUGAGCUCCCUCCUCUUCCAAUGUCAUGUUUGAGUUCUAUCAGCAACGCUAUUCAUGUUUGUAAAGUGUUUUUUUAUUUGUUUACAAAUGAAGUGGUGCCUAUAAGAACUGCUGGCAAUCCUGCAGUUUACCUAACCGUGUAGAAUGAGGGUGAAUGAUAUCGAGUUUCUGUUUCAAUAAAUUAGUGCAAUUAUGAACCUUUUC